AUGUCGUCUGCUCUCGACGGUGUUGCCGGCGACGAUGCGCUGGCUUGGGAACGGCUGCCCUACUUGGCCGGGUUCGGGAACCACUUCUCCUCCGAGGCUAAGGUCGGUGCGCUACCACUCGGACAGAACAGCCCCCUGAUCUGCCCCUACGGCCUCUACGCAGAGCAGAUCUCCGGGACCUCCUUCACCAGCCCCCGCAAACUUAACCAGAGGAGGUAUGAGGUGGUGGAUCCAUCAAACGGCGGCCAUCUGCUGAUUCUAAUUAACUCCGUUUUUUAAUUGCGGAAUGGUUUUGUGGAAACUUGAUCGUGACGUAAGUGAGGAGGCGUUUAGAUUUUCAAGGACGUUGGAAUGUCUGAUAUUGAUAUGUUCUCGCAUGGUACACGUCAUUUUAUUACGAUGCGUAAUUAUUGGUUUCAUUCCUUUGUUGAAUGUUAAGAGCGUUUUCUUGUCAUUCAUACUGUACAUUCCCUCUGGAUUGUUUUUUGGUCAAUCCUGAUCAUUUAUUUGUGCUUUGUGGACAGUUGGAUGUAUAGAAUUAAACCGUCAGUAACGCAUGAACCGUUCUACCCCCGUCUCCCCGGACACCAACGUCUGAUCAGCGAAUUUAACCACUCAACAUCUUCGGCCACACCGACGCAGCUGCGCUGGAAGCCAGUAAAUGAUCCCGAGAUCCCAACUGACUUUAUUGACGGGCUUUAUACAGUAUGUGGUGCAGGGAGCUCCUUCCUUCGACAUGGAUAUGCCAUUCACAUGUAAUUGGCAUUCCACGAAUUUUACGGGGAAAAGAAUGUGUUAUGAUAUUAGCUGUGAUAGAAGCUGAACAGCCAUGUUAUUUUUUCCUUUUUUGGUUAAAAUUUCAUGAUACGCCGGUUCUUAUUAUUCCGUGGCCUCUUUCAAUCCCUAUCAGAGUCAUGCAGCUAGAAUAUGACUUGUUGUCAUGCAAUUAUUAUUCUUAUGAAUAAGUAUGCACUGUGGAUAAAGGUAUCUACCAUUUGCGUUUUUCUAGACGGAGCAUCAGUACUUUUGGAACCUCUCACAUCUUGUGUUGGAAAGGUGUUUUUCGUGGGAAGUAUGUUCCACCCGUAUAUACAUAUCUAGCCCUAAAGAAAAUUUGGAACUUUUAACUUGUUCUGACUCUCUAAUUGUCGUCACUUAGAAUAGAGCACCUUUGUCAAGUCGCUCUCUAGAAAGGAAACAAAUCUAAUAGCCAAGAUUUUCAGAGUCACUGAUGUGGCGAAUAUUUAGUUAUCUUCGAUUGCAAUGCUUAUAUAUUGCACUUUGGGUAACAGCUGCCAUAACUUAUUAAUUUUCAAGAUACUAUCUGUCCAGGUAUGCUGCCAAUAAAUCUAUGGUUGACUGUGCAUUUUGCAAUGCCGAUGGAGAUUUUCUGAUAGUUCCACAAAAAGGAAGUAAGUGAACUACUUAAAGUAUCGUAUGAUCGGAACAUGUUCUUACAAAAUUUUCUUGAUAUCCGCUGCAUCAAGUUUUUGUUUUUAUUUGUAGUUUAAUUAAGACAAUAAUUCCAGUUGUGACUAAUGGGGCAUGUGUUUGGUGGUCCUCAAGUUAGGUCUAUCCUCUUUUUAGGAUGGAAGGGGGUCGGGGUUGCCAUGUUUAUUAUUUAGUAAAUUCUUGUUUAGUCAGAUGGUUGGUGCAGUUCUUCUCAUACAAGAUGUAGGUUUCGGACGGUUUUGUUCCUUACCCUGACCUUCUAUAAAUAAUUGAUUUCAUCUUAUAGGCACCAUUUCUUUGAAAGUUAUGAGAACCGUGGUAAGUUGACCAGACUUCCAACUAAAACAGUUCCAUCAUAUGGAUUUAACACGAACUUAACUGGUAAUGACACGGACCAUAACUUGAAAGGUUGAAAUACUGCGAAAAGUGUGUCCGGGGGGCGGAUUUACUGUCACAUUUAGUCUGACACGAGCAGGAAUAUCCUUCCUUUCACUUCGGACAUUUUCUUCCAUAAAAUUGCCUCUCAUCUUUGGAGCACGUUUUUUCAUCUUGAUAUUCUUGAAUGUCAAGGCAUCUUGCCGGUUCAUGAUUUUAAAUGCAUGACUGAUGAGAUGAGCAAUCGGUUUGCAGCUUUCAUCGAUAAUGCUUUCUAAUUUUCGUGCGCAAAAAAAAAUCCAGUCUCACGCUUAAAAAAAUAGACUCUAAUGUGCUACACUUUCGCUCCUUUUAUUUAUAUUCUACCUUCUCUUUGGUUUAUAGGCAAUCAAAAUUGGCCUAAUUGUGAGAUCGUACUUACCGUCAGCUAUUUUCGUUUAAUGAGGGGAUUUAGUGAUGGUCUUCCUAGCCAGAUGAUUGAUGUUUUUUGGACUCGUGAAUGCAAUUAGGGGUUAUCUUGGAAUGAUAAAUGUGCAGUGUUUUUCUGGGGAUUUAGUGAUGGAAAAUUGUUCUUUUUGGCGGCUUUAUUUUCUUGCUCAUUUUUUCUCAAUAGCUUGUUCUUAGCGCAGGGUUGUGGAUCAAAACUGAAUUCGGCAGAAUGCAAGUAUCCCCCGGUGAAAUAGUUGUGCUUCCUCAGGGUUUUCGUUUCUCGGUUCACCUGCCAGACGGUUCUUCACGUGGUUAUGUUUCUGAAGUCUUUGGCACCCACUAUCAACUUCCUGAUCUUGGUCCAAUAGGUACACAGAACUUUUCGAACGGAGUGUCUACUAUUCACCUGAACAUGACAUCUGGUCAUUUAUGACAAUCGACACCACUAUGUUGUGUAGGGGCCAAUGGGCUUGCUUCUGCUAGAGACUUCUUGGCUCCAGCCGCCUGGUUUGAUAGCGAUGCCCAUCCCGGUUAUACAAUCGUCCAGAAAUUUGGUGGCGAGCUCUUUACAGCAAAGCAAGACUUUUCUCCGUUUAAUGUGGUUGCUUGGCAUGGAAACUAUGUACCUUACAAGGUACAUUAUCCUUAUUUUGACCGAAAAUCAUUUUUUAUAACAUCACCGCGAAUCUAUCAGACUUGCACUUAGUCUGAUUUCGUUUUCUUGUGAGGAUGAUGAAAAAAGGGAAAACAAAGAUGAAUUUCUAUAGAAGCCACCCUUAGAAUGAAUGAUACAUAAGUUUCUAAACCGGGGGGAAAUUGUGAAACUUCUUUCCCAAUAAGCUUUCUGGAACAUACACCCGAGAAUAAUUAAUGAUUAUCUUUUUUGCAGUAUGAUCUGAGCAAGUUUUGCCCUUUCAAUACUGUUCUUAUUGAUCAUGGCGACCCUUCAGUGAACACAGGUAUCUAGAAUCACACGACUUGUUAUUUCAAUCAGUCAUUUAAAAUUUACUCACAUGCACAUAGGUGCCCACUAUUUCUAGGUAUCGCAUAAUUUAGUACAUUGAUCAAAAACUGUCAUAGUUUAAUACAUUGAUCAAAAGCUGUUCGUCUCUUAAACCUUUUGUAAACUAUUUUACAUUAGUUUUGACGGCUCCAUCGGAUAAGCCUGGCGUUGCUAUUCUCGACUUCGUCAUUUUCCCACCUCGCUGGUUGGUUGCCGAGCAUACAUUUCGUCCGCCAUACUACCAUCGCAACUGUAUGAGUGAAUUCAUGGGAUUAAUCUACGGCGAUUACGAGGUGCCCAUCUCAUCCAAGAAGACUAAACUGCUUGUUCUCCUAUAGAGUUCUCUCUCUAAAAGUUGAUCAUCCGGGUUCAUUUGGAGUGUUCCCAGGCUAAGGCAGGUGGAUUUCUCCCCGGCGGUGCUAGCCUCCACAGUUGCAUGACACCCCAUGGACCCGACACGAAGACCUACGAGGUAAAGUGUGUCUUCUCCAAGCCUUAUGAACCUCACCCCUUUCCAUGAAUCACCUCUUCAACCGGCGCCUGCUCUUCGUCUUUAAGCAGGCCACGAUAGCGAGAGGAGAAGAUGCCGGACCCAGCAGGAUCUCCAGCACCAUGGCCUUCAUGUUUGAGAGCUGCCUGAUCCCAAGAAUCUGCCCUUGGGGUCUGGAUUCUCCUCACCUGGACCACGACUACUACCAGUGCUGGAUCGGCCUGAGGUCCCAUUUCUCUUCCGAAGGGAGCGAACCUCACGACUAA